UACAAAACGGAGCCAGAAACGAGGACAGACAAGGAGAGCAGAGCAGAGCUGGAUAGGAGUUGGGGUCUGAAGGAGGGGGAAACGGAGGUGGUUUCUUGGCCAGAUCCGAUCCGAGGGAGGAAGGUUUCCUUCGGCGGCCACUCUCUCCAAUCAGGUGGCAACGGGGAGAUUCAGGUCGGCUCAUGGCCUCAACAACAACGGGUAAAAGAAAGGGAUCGACCUGUGGAGAAGGCGGCGGCGAUGGCGAUUCUCAGUCCGGCAAAGCAACGCGGAGCUCAAUCCCGGACCUUCCUGAGGACAUAUUGUUUCGCAUACAUUCCCUACUGCCAAUGCGUGAAGCUGCUCGUACUGCUUGCAUAUCUCCCACCUUUUUCCAUUCCUGGAGAUGUCAUUCCAAUCUCAUCUUCACUAAGGAUACGAUUGGCUUAAAGAGAAGUGCGCGUGGAGAGAAUUUUGACGACAAGAUUGACCGCAUUCUCCGGAACCACUCUGGCUGCUUGAAAACAUUCAACAUUGACUACUAUGGCACGCGAGGGUUCACCGGCACUAGUUAUUUCGACCGUUGGCUUCAGAUUGCUCUUAAAUCAGGGAUUGAAGAACUCACCCUCGUGCUGUCUGAAGCAAAGCGAAAGUACAACUUCCCAUGCUCGCUUUUAUCUGACGGGGUUCGAAACUCGCUUCGGUACCUUAGGCUCCAAUUUUGUGCCCUCCAUCCCACAGUUGAACUGGGCCCCUUGAGAAGCCUGAAAAGCCUGUAUCUGUGGCGUGUGAGCAUUACAUGGAAUGAGUUGGAGUGCCUUAUUUUCAACUCUCUUACUUUGGAGCUACUGGAUCUUAUUAGUUGCCCUCAGAUUGAAUGCCUGAAGCUACCUUGUGCCCUGCAGCGGCUCAGCGCGCUUAGCGUUUUAGCGUGCGAGAGACUGAAAGUGAUAGAGAGCAAAGCUCCAAAUCUCUCCAGCUUAUACCUUUGCGGAAACUGGUUAGACUUCUCACUUGUGGAAACAUUGCCGAUAAAGGAACUAGAAUUGCAACAAACAAACCUUAUCCGAGAUGCUCGUGCCAAGCUGCCAUCCCUUAUGCCAAAUAUUGAAACUCUUGCCAUACAAUCAUCGAGAGAGGUGGUUGAUGCACCAAUGCUGCCUACCAAAUUCCUCCACCUUAAGCACCUGACCGUCACUGUGAGAUCAGGAGCAAUUGUUUCCCGAGCAUAUGACUACUUUUCUCUGGUUUCUUUCCUCGACGCUUCUCCUUCCUUGGAGACUUUGAUACUAGAUGUGACUCAGCGACGUAUGGUGCAUGAAUCAAUUUUUGCGGAUUCACAACUGAGGCACAUGCCUGAACACCGCCAUGGCCACCUCAAGAGCGUCAAGAUUAGCGGUUUCAACUCUGCGAAGUGCGUGGUUGAACUAACAUGUUAUAUUCUCAAGAACGCGGUGUCACUUGAGUGUCUUACAUUGGACACCAUAUAUGGGAGUAGGUGUGAUGAUCAAGGCGAGGACAACUGGUGUACUCCCAUGACGGAUGGCAUUCUCAUGGAAAUUCCUUGGGCACUCUUGGCUAUCAAAACACACAUUGAGAAUAAAGUUCCACCUACAGUUCACUUAACUGUUCUGGAGCCUUGCAGCAAAUGCCAUGCUAAUGGACUAGAGCGGGUAUUAUCGCAGUCAUGACAUGGUGUCAUUUACAUUUAGUUCUAAAUGAGCCAUGUUUUGUAUCGUAUACUAUUUAUGUGUGACCCUAUUGUACAACAAAGUUUUAAUUAAAUCUUGGAUGGACAUUUUUUAUAUUUUUCCUGGUGAGGCAUGUUGAUAUGGUUGCAAGGAUUAGCUGGCCAAUGUUGAGAUAUUCAGUUGCAAGA